CCCUAGGUGUUCGAUGUACUGAAUUUCUCUUACUUCUCUGUACUAAUGCGUAGUGACGAAAUUCCCGGUGACACAUUAUUACUUUAUAACCACAUCGAACCAUAACAGCUGACAGCGUGUGCUAUCGAUAUUAUCUGAACUGAAAACGAGUACAAGGACUCAACAUAUUUUUAGUAAAUUUGUAGUCAUGAAUCCGGAAGUGUAAUUUUUAUUUUUUAUUCUUCAAUAAAAUUCGAUGGGAAAUACUCAGUGUGCAAAAUCUAACACUUAGCAGCGGAAAGAGAACAAAAAUAAUCUAGUUAUUACAAGACUUAAGGCAGAUAAACAUAAUGGCUACAUUCGAGGAUACAAAUAAACUUUUUGGAUAUGAUGAAGUUCGAGAUAAAAUACUUGCAGGUGAGAUGGAUGUAAACACACAAUAUCCCGGAAUCUCUGAUUACGAUCCACCAAUCCUCGAAAUAUCGAUUAAUGAACAAGACACCGAGUUAUUCGAUUAUCUUCUCCAGCACGACGUGGAAGUUAAUAGAAUUAUACCAUAUCGUAACCAAGCAAUUUAUUUAGCAGUCAACUUUGACGACAUGGAGUACACUGAGAAAUUACUGAAUGCAGGUGCCAUUUGUCCCCCCGUAGAAGAUAGAUACGGGGAAACAUUAGAUGCUAAUAAACUAUUAGAACUAGCUAUUGAAAGAAAAAAUAAAGAAAUGGUCAAAUUAUUAUUAGAAAAACUCGAUAAAUAUUUCGAUCCUUUCGCUAAAAUCGAAGCUUUUCAGUUUGUUACUGAUUACAAUGAUCCUGAAUUAUCAUUUGAUCAGAUUCCGCUUGCUUCAGUAUUAGCUGCUGUGAACCAAAACAAAAUAGAAGUAUUUAAAAAAAUGGUUUCACAAAACGAUGGUUAUCUAGAAUAUUUACUCCAAGUUGCCAUUGAGUAUAAUAGGUACGAAUUUGUUGAAUAUUUGAUUAAUAUUGGCGCUGAUGUCAAUGAUGGUUCAAAUGCUUCGCUUCUAGAUAUCGCCAUUAAAAAUGAAAAUAUACCCAUAAUUGAAUUAUUGAUAAGAAAAGGAGCUAAUACGGUUGUACUUCCGGCAUUUGGAAAGCCUGCUUUGGCAAUUGCUUGUGAUAAAAAGAAUAUUAAAAUCAUUGAGAUAUUAAUUGCUGCAGGUGCUGAUGCAACUGAAACGUUCGAUAUUAAUAACUCUCUUCAUUGUGCAAUUAUCCAAAAUAAUUAUGAAAGAAUCGAAAACUUAGCCAAAAAUGGAGCAGAUAUUAACAACACUGUAUAUUUCAAUAAAUCACCAUUAAUUUUAGCCGUCGAAGAAGGUAAUAAACCAGUGGUAGAAUUAUUAAUUAAGAAUGGAGCUGAUAUUAAUUUUGUCACCGAAUAUGGAGAAACUGCGAUUGUUGCGGCCAUUAAUAACAAUUAUCUAGAGUUAGUUGAAAUAUUAAUAGACGCAGGAGCUGAUAUUAAUCCUGCCCCUGGACCACUAGCCCCGUUGGAGCGAGCAAUUUCUACGAAUAAAUAUAAAAUAUGUGAAUAUUUAAUAAAAUGCGGUGCUGACGUCAAUGGUGUUAUUGGAGAUAGUUCGCCAUUACAGGCAGCCGCUCAUAGUGAAAACAAAGAAUUGAUCGAGUUACUUAUCAAAAAUGGCGCGAAUGUGAACUAUGUGUCCGAAUAUUGUAGUUUAGCUUUAGAAACUGUUUGUGAGUGUAAUAAUCUUGAACUAGUAAAAAUAUUAAUAGACGCCGGUUCGGAUGUUAUUAUAUCAUUAGAUCACUAUUCCCCAUUACAAUCAGCUAUCAAGCAUAACAAUCAACAAUUAGCUGAGUACCUAAUCAACUAUUGUACUGAUGCUAACAUUGCUUGCAAUUAUUCAGCGGCAUUAAUAUAUGCUAUUCAAGAGUACAGAACGGAAAUGGUGGAAUUACUGAUCAAACAUGGUGCUAGUAUUGAUUACAUGACAAAAAAUGGGCAUUCAGCUCUUUGCUCAAGUAUAAGGUACCACAGUUCUGAAAUAACAAAAAUUUUAGUAAAAGCUGGGGCUGACAUAAAUCUGCGUUCAGAAAGAUGUACACCACUAAGUGAAGCUGUUAGAAUGAAAGACUACAAAAUGGCUGAGUACUUGAUAGAAAAUGGUGCUGACGUAAAUGUUCAUGAUGGUUAUGAAGCGCCACUCGCUAUUGCUAUUCGGAAACAUAAAAACGACAUCGUUAGAUUAUUAAUCAAACAUAAUGCUAAUGUUAAUAUUGCAGCAGCCAAUGGGCAAACAAUUCUGGCUUCUGCUAUCCAGGAAGACAAUUUUGAAUUAACUGAAAUAUUAAUUAAUGCUGGCGCUGAUGUCAGUGUCACUAUUAAUAAUGUUGGAUCAUUAUUACCUUGGGCGCUUUUUGGAUCUAAUGGACCGGAAAUUAUUAGUCUAUUGCUUGAUGCUGGUGUUGAUAUUAAUUACGUUAACGAAUAUGGUGAGACGGCAAUUGAUGUUCUCCCAAAUAUCCAAAACUUCCAGACAUUAAUUGAGCAGCAUGUUAUUAAAUUAAAAGCUGCCAAUUUAUAUCUUAUCGAUAAAUGUUUAGAUGCUGUGAAAGAUGAUCAAUUCAAUGAUUUUUACGCCGAGUGCUUGGAUGAAAUUGAUUUUUUGAAGACACAAUGGUUCUCCUGGAAAAUGAGUUUCUAUGAUAUUCUAAUCUCGUGUGUGAAUAAAAUAUCUCGAAGAAUUAGAUACAUCAGUAGAGAUGAUAUUAUUUUAGAUCAAAAGUCAUUACGCAAUAAAUUUAAGCUGUAUGGUGGAAUUAUUUACUAUCGUCUGCUCAAAGCUGAGCCGCGUAAAAAAUUGUUGGUUCAUGCUGAUAAAAUAAUUUCUGAUUUAUUUGGUCAUUUGCUACAAGACAUUUACGUACAAGAUAUUUUGGAUUUUUUUAGUGAUGAGGAACUUAAGAUUUUGUGUGGUCUAAACUAAUCAUUAGAAUUAAGAGUAAAAUUUAUCUGUACGCGUUGUAAGUCAGAUUUUAAAUUCAUUAUUGCCCGAGUCAAAAUAUUUGGAUUAGAUUGAACUUAAGUUAACUUAACCAGCUUAGAUAUAACUUACCUGCAAAAAAAAAAAAAUUCUCGACUGAAGGUAAAUAUUCUUGAUUCAAGAAAAUUUUUUUCUAGACCUAAAUUUUCUCAGAUAAAGUAGAAAUCUUCUCCAACCAAGACGAAUUCUCUUGGCUCAAGAAAAUCUUGAAUUGGUUCCCUAAAACGUUUGUCUUCAAAAAUAUUUUCUUGACUCAAGAUAUCUAUUUUUUCUGUGUGAUAUUGAUGGACUUGAAAUAGUAUUACCUUGACUUAAAAAGCUUAAAUAAGACGUAGGUGGGCUUAGGCAUCAAGUUGAACUUAUUUAUGAUUUAUUCUUGUUAAAACUAACCUAUCGAACAAUAAAAACCUGAAAAGAAGAUAUGAAUCCAAACUAGGUUAGCAAAGAGCAUCGAAUGCCUGAAAAACAAGCAGCACCGGUACAUAUCAGGCACCAAGUCGUCUGCAUGUAUUCUCCAAGCAUAAAAUGAACAAGAUGAAGUAUAUUUAGGUUAAAAAUUGAUGUUUUGAAGAACGUUUAGGAGUUCUCCAUGCAGACGAGCUAUUCGUCAUGCACCAGGUCGUCUUCCGGCGUUCUCAAAGCAUAAAUAGACCAACAGAAAGCAUUUAGAUUUAUUUGUGAAAAAAUGUAUUUCUAAUCAACGCUUGGAGUGAUCCCUCGCAGAUAUGGUAUGUGACGCACCAGGACAAGUCCAAGUGUUCUUAGAGCGUAUUAGAAUGAACAUAACUCAUUUUUAGGUAAAAAAAUAACUUUUUUACCGAUGUCAUGGGAUUCUUCUCGCAGACGAGCUGUGUGACUUGCAGCAGGUCGUCUGUAUGGAGAAAUGCUAAACAUUCUUCAAUAGAUCAAUUUAUAACCUAAAAAAGCUUUACUUUUGUCUCUUUAUGCUUGGAGAACGCCAGAAAACGACUUGGUGCAUGCCACACAGCUCGUCUGCACGGAUAACUCCUAAAAAUUCUUCAAACGAUAAAUUUUUAACCCAAAUAUACUUCAUCUUGUUCUUUUUAUGCUUGGAGAAUACAUGCAGACGACCUGGUGCCUGAUAUGUACCGGUGCUGCUUGUUUUUCAGGCAUUCGAUGCUCUUUGCUAACCUAGUUUGGAUUCAUAUCUUCUUUUCAUGUUUUCAUUCUUCGAUAGGUUAGUAUUAUCAAGAAUAAGUCAUAAAUAAGUUCAACUUGAUGCCUAAGCCCACCUAAGUCUUAUUUAAGCUUUUGAAGUCAAGGUAAUACUAAUUCAAGUCCAUCAAUAUCAGGUAAAAGUUAUAUCUAAGCUGGUUAAGUUAACUUAAGUUCAAUCUAAUUCAAAUAUUUUGACUCGGGUGUUUCUGAAUAAAUUAUUAUUUAUUCGAUGUACUUUUGUAAAUAUACAUAAAAUAAAUAUUUUUUUAAGGAUUAAUAAAAUACAUUA